CAAUUUUAUGAAACCCAUAAAAGUUGGCUCUCUACUUUCACCUCCGUUCUUCUCUGACGAUUGUCCAGGUAUGACUCAUGCACGCCGCCCACGCGCACACAGGUGAUAUCAUCCAGCACAGACGCCGUCCUCAACUGCUAAACCCUAGGCUUUUCUAAAAGAGGCUCGAACCUUACAACCGUUAAAAUGGCGACUUCACUGUCGUUAAAACCAAACCUGAGCCUCUCUGUUCUUACUACGAACCGACGCCCUCAUUUUCAUCGGACUCAUUUCAAUGGCUUCCCCAGCCGUACACCUCCCCUUCGUGGUUCACUCUGUGUGGCUCAGUUUGGCUUCAAGCCGGAUUUGCUUCCUGACCCGGAUAUGGCGCAGGUUGUAAUUAAGGAGCUUUUUGGCAAGGCGGAAAGUCUGCUUUAUACGAUUGCUGAUGCUGCCGUUUCGUCAUCCACCACUGUAACCACCAAACAGAACACUGAUUGGCUUUCUGGCAUUACCAAUUACUUAGAAACUGUUCUAAAGGUUUUAGAAGAUGGGUUUUCUGCUUUACAUGUACCGUAUGCUUAUGGCUUCGCUAUUAUACUCCUUACUGUUCUUGUUAAGGCUGUCACGUUUCCCUUGACGAAGAAGCAGGUGGAGUCGGCAAUGGCUAUGCGGUCGCUGCAGCCUCAAGUACAGGCUCUUCAGAAACGUUAUGCUGGGAAUCAGGAAAGAAUCCAGCUGGAAACGGCCAGGUUAUAUAAAUUGGCUGGAAUAAACCCAUUAGCUGGAUGCCUUCCUACACUUGCCACAAUACCAGUGUGGAUUGGGCUAUAUAGAGCCCUUUCAAAUGUUGCAGAUGAGGGACUCCUUACAGAAGGUUUCUUUUGGAUUCCGUCACUGGCUGGUCCAACUACAAUUGCUGCACGACAAAAUGGCACUGGCAUAUCUUGGCUCUUCCCUUUCAUUGAUGGUCAUCCACCCCUUGGAUGGUCAGAUACCUUAGCAUAUCUUAUUUUGCCCGUGUUGCUGGUUGUCUCUCAGUACAUUUCUGUCCAGAUUAUGCAGUCAUCACAGAGUAAUGAUCCAAAUCUGAAGAAUUCACAAGCACUAACAAAGUUCCUUCCUCUGAUGAUUGGUUAUUUUGCUAUUUCUGUUCUUUCUGAUCUUAGCCUUUACUGGCUCACAAAUAAUAUAUUGAGAACCAUACAACAAGUAUUGCUUCAGAAGUUAGGGGGUGCCAAGAAUCCAGUUAUGCAAUUUACUGGUGAUAUUGCUAAGGAAGAAGUCCAAGUGCAGAAGCCUGUAUCUGGAUCCAACACCCAGAAGAAGUCCAGACAAGAAGAAAAAUUGACUCCAGAAGGACUUCAUCCUGGUGAAAGAUUCAAGCAGUUGAAGGAGCAAGAAGCAAGGAGAAGACGACAAAGAGAAGAAGAGAAGAGCAGAACUGAAGAAGCAUUGGCAAGAGGAAGUCAACUAACAGAUAAAGGCGAUGAGAUAGAAUCCAAUGUACUUGAGAAGGAAAAUGGAGCUGGAAGUGCCUUAAGUGUUAGAGUUGUUGUCAAUGGUGAACUCUCUAGUCAGGAUUCGAAGGAAGAUCCCAAGACAUCCAUGUUUUGGACAGAAAAGAAUGAAGUUUCAUCUAAUUUUGAGGGUGAAAGAAGAGAUGAAAUACAAACGCAUGAAAAUAUUGAAAAGGAUGCAGUUGAAAGAUAUAAAACCACAAUCACAGCAGAGAAUACAAUUUCUGAAGAUACUCAGCAAGAAUAAGGGAAUAGAAAGAGGUGAACCAGACAAAGGGGAAUACAGUGACAGCCACAGGGGUACCAUUUGACGGUAUAAUUGCCUACGAAGUGAAUCUAGCCAUGGUCCUUUCCAGCAGCACUGCUCGCAGCUGAUUAACAAGAUGCUUAUACUGCUUUUGAUCCGGUACGAAAUCCAGUGUUCACGCUGAUUUUGCCAAAAUGGUAUUAUUUAGAAUCUGCAGAGAUCACUUAUGGUAAGCUAGGUAUACAUAAUUUUCAUUACAGACAAAUAGUGGGAUCAACAAGAUUCUUGCAUGUCACACACGUAUCUAUAACCAGAGCCGAAGAAUGAGUUAGAUCAGUUUACAUCCUGUAGUGCAUAACAUAUGAAAAAAUGUUAUAUGUAAAUCAGAAAAACAAAUUUUCCCCUUGUUCCUGCUGGUUUCAUUUUAUUAAAAGAAUAAAAUAAUAUAGGAAUACUUUUAUAAUAUAGGAAUCAUUUGUGGGGGAAGGCAUGAAUAAGAGUGGUAAGCUUUUUAUUAUCCAUUUAGAUAGACAGAUUUAUCCGAGACAGUUAGCUCUGUUGCAUAGUUUAUCUGUAUGAAUGAUGUUCUUUAUAGAAAUUUUUUACUGUUGUGAAUGUGACCUAUUCAUUCAUUAGAGGGAAUAAAACAUACGAUUACCGGAA